AUGGGUCGUUUGGGCCACAACAAAUCAGGGGGUCCGAGUUUGCGUCCUUUCUUGAGGGUUCAUUAUAAAAAAUUAGCAGAAGAUUAUGCGGAUUCGUCGAAUUCGUCUUUACCGCCAUUACCGGAAUAUUUUUCUUAUUGUUGUUGUCAGUGCGGACACACUCAAAAGGUUAAGGUAAGGAAAAUCCUUUUUCGAUAA